AUGGCGUUCUCAAGGACUUCCCUCCUCGGGGCGAUGCUCGCGUGCGCGCAAUUGGCAGCGGCGGCCCCCAACCCUGUGGCCGCCGCCCAUCCGAUGAUCACUCCUCCCCCAUCUUUCGACCGUCGAGCGCUCGAACGCCUGGAGGGCCGCGAUAUCGACUUUGGAGGCUACCUGAACUCGGUGUUCUCGUCCCUCGGCUCCGGUGUCUCCAGCUUUGUAGCGUCCGGCGUGCCGCAGUUCUUCAAUGACCUGCCAACCGGCACAGCCGUCGAGUCCAGCCUGGGCAUUUCCUCGAGCGACCUCGAUGCGUCGCCGACGCAAGCACUCAAUGUGCCGCCGUACGCAAACUGGACGGAUCAGGGGUGGAAUAUGCGGGUACACGGGAACAUUUUCAAGCAACCCAACAUCUCGCGGGAGAAGCUCAACGACCUGGCGAACGUCUUCCUCAUUGACGUCGACAUCGAGGACCUGCCCGAGGAUCAGCAGAACCAGGCGCGGAACCUGACGAGCGAGAUCUUCAUCGUGCAGCAGGACAACGAGCAGGUCAUCAUCGACAUCGUCAACGAUGCGUCUGUUGACCCCAAUACGGACAGCGGUGCGAUCAACGCAGCCGGCGGAGCACAGAAUAUCACUAUGCCUUUCAACACGACGGAUCAGGGAGAUUUCGACAGCUUCGUGAUCCUGCAGAACACCACAGGGCCAAAUGGCGGCCACCUGCUGCCAGGAAACGAGACGGAUCAGCUGCAGGUGCUGGAUCUCUGGGUCCGCGGUGCGGAGACAACGGGCAAUGCCACAGCCUACCUUGUUCCGCCGACGGGUAUCACUAUUAUUUCGGAUAUUGAUGACAUUCUUCGCGUCACAAAGAUCUACGACCCGAAGGAGGGCCUGCUCAAUUCGUUCGCCCGCCCCUUCACUCCUUGGGAGAACAUGCCUGAGAUCUAUGCCAACUGGUCCAAGUCGAUCCAGAACCUGCACUUCCAUUACCUCACGACGACACCAGAGCAGGUGACCAAGAACUACAUGGACUUUAUCUACAAGACCUAUCCGCUGGGCUCCUUCGACACCCGACCGCUCAACUUCAGCGAUGUUUCGGCGACCCUGUCGAUCCGCAAGUUCCUCCUGACCAAAGUCUUUGAGACCUUCCCGCAGCGCAAGUUCAUCCUGGUGGGGGAUACGUCCAACUCGGAUGUCAUGUCUGACUACCCCGAGCUGGUUAGCACCUUCCCCGGCCAGGUCCAGUGCAUCUUCCUCCGCAACACGAGCUCCACGGACGACAGCGACCUGUUCCCGUACAACACCAAGGGGUUCAACGGUCUCAAUCAGAGCCAAUACAUGUUCUUCAAUGUGCCGGACGACUUGACCAAUCUGGACAUCGUCAAUGGGAACUGCUACAACGCGAGCAUAGUUCAGAACGUCACGUUCCAAUUGCAGGGCCCCUACGGCCUGGGCAGUGCGGCGGGUGCGCUGACGCCGCCGAGCUGGUGGAGGAGUGUGAGCUGGGGACUUGGUCUGACGCUGCUGGUGGCGGCCAUGUCUGCUUGA